AUGACGGUCUCGGAAGAUAGUCCACACCCAAAAUCGCUGGGUGGUUGUCGACUAAGACGGAAGGUGACCAAGGGCAUUCAACAGCUCGAAGCUAUACACAUUACCGCUAGGCUUCGAUUGCGACGGGCAGACUCUGUAUAUAGCUUCAGGUACACUGUUCGAUUCCACCAUGUCUCAUCUAACGAGCAUCCCAGUGAUUUUCAAGCAACCUAUGUGCGUGGACGGUUUCAAGCACGAGCAUAG